ACACACAGGAGCGGCCGUCACCGAGGAGGGAGCAGUGCCGGAGCCCCGACGGCGCCUCGCCACAUGGAGCUGGGCCGCUGAAAGCUGUCGCCUCCCCGGGACCUCGGCGUCCGAGGCUCACAACCUGCUAGUCGUCUUCUGUCAGCCUCAGGGCGUCAGCGCCUCAGGACGACCUGGGUCGCUGGGACCCAGCGUUCCAGUAACUCAGCUAUGGAGCGAUGCAGCCGCUGCUGUCGCCUCCUCCUGCUCCUACCUCUGGUGCUGGUGCUGAGCGGGGCCCCGGGCUGGGCCGGUGCACCCCCUGUGGAUGUGCUCCAGGCCCUGAGGUUCCCCUCCAUCCCUGAUGGUGUCCGGAGGACAAGAGGCAUCUGUCCAGCUGAUGUGGCCUACCGAGUGUCACGACCUGCUCAGCUUAGUGCACCCACCCGCCAGUUUUUCCCAGGAGGCUUUCCCAAAGAUUUCUCUCUGCUGACUGUUGUCCGGACCCGGCCUGGUCUCCAGGCUCCCCUCCUGACUCUCUACAGUGCUCAGGGUGUCCGACAGCUAGGCCUAGAGCUUGGCCGGCCCAUCCGCUUCCUGUAUGAGGACCAGACUGGACGGCCUCAACCUCCAGCUCAGCCAGUUUUCCGAGGUCUCAGCCUAGCAGACGGCAAGUGGCACCGUGUAGCUGUGGCUGUGAAGGGCCAAUCUGUCACUCUUAUUAUUGACUGCAAGAAACGAGUCACCCGGCCACUCCCCCGAAGUGCUCAUCCAGUGUUGGAUACUCAUGGAGUGAUAAUCUUUGGUGCCCGCAUCCUGGAUGAAGAAGUCUUUGAGGGUGAUAUCCAAGAGCUUGUCAUUGUUCCGGGGGUCCAAGCUGCCUAUGAAUCUUGUGAACAGAAGGAGCUGGAGUGUGAUGGGAGCCAGAGAGAAAGACCUCAGAACCAACAGCCUCACAGAACCCAGAGAUCACCAAAACAGCAACCAUCGAGACUUCAUAGGCCACAAAAUCAAGAACCACAGCGACAGCCCAUUGAGUCUCUCUACUAUGACUACGAGCCCCCCUAUUACGAUGUGAUGACUUCGGGGACAACCCCUGAUUAUCAGCUGCCUCUGAGCCCCCACCACAGGGCUCUCCCUUCCCCUAGGGGCCAUCGGACCCCUUUCCGAAAGCCCACCCCACCUGCCAAGAGGUCAGCGGCCCGGCAGGCAUCCCCCUCACCAGGCCAGAGGCCCUCUCCAACUGGAGACUCCGGCCAAGCACGGGGCCAGCCUACCCCCUCCCGACGCCCAGCUCAGCAGGCAGCUUCCCCCAAUGCCCGGGCCCCCCCCAGGACCAGAGGCAGCGGUUACCGGAAGGCUGCCCAUGGACCCCGGGGGCUGAAGGGAGAGAAGGGGGAGCCGGCAGUACUGGAACCUGGUAUGCUUGUGGAGGGGCCCCCUGGCCCAGAAGGCCCUGCGGGAUUGAUUGGUCCCCCUGGCAUCCAAGGGAACCCAGGACCAGUUGGAGACCCUGGCGAGAGGGGUCCCCCAGGCCGAGCAGGGCUCCCUGGAUCAGAUGGGGCCCCUGGCCCUCCUGGCACGUCUCUCAUGCUCCCAUUCCGGUUUGGCAGUGGUGGGGGUGACAAGGGCCCUGUGGUGGCAGCCCAGGAGGCUCAGGCCCAGGCAAUCCUGCAGCAGGCGCGGCUGGCACUCCGUGGACCCCCUGGCCCCAUGGGAUACACAGGUCGCCCUGGACCCUUGGGACAACCUGGAAGCCCUGGCCUGAAAGGAGAAUCUGGAGACCUAGGACCUCAGGGGCCCAGAGGACCUCAGGGCCUUGCAGGCCCUCCUGGCAAAGCUGGGCAAAGGGGCAGAGCAGGUGCUGAUGGAGCCCGAGGGAUGCCUGGAGAACCUGGAGUGAAGGGUGACCGAGGUUUUGAUGGACUCCCAGGGCUACCUGGGGAGAAGGGACACAGAGGGGAUACUGGUGCCCAGGGCCUUCCAGGGCCCCCUGGUGAGGAUGGAGCACGGGGAGACGAUGGAGAGAUUGGGCCUCGUGGGCUGCCUGGAGAGUCGGGUCCUCGAGGUCUCCUUGGCCCGAAAGGCCCACCUGGUAUUCCUGGACCCCCAGGCGUCCGAGGCAUGGAUGGUCCUCAAGGCCCCAAAGGGAGCUUGGGACCCCAAGGAGAGCCAGGACCUCCUGGACAACAGGGCACUCCUGGGACCCAGGGUCUUCCGGGGCCCCAGGGUGCCAUCGGUCCUCAUGGAGAGAAGGGUCCUCGAGGGAAACCAGGGCUCCCUGGCAUGCCUGGCUCAGAUGGACCCCCGGGUCACCCCGGGAAGGAAGGUCCCCCUGGAACCAAAGGAAAUCAGGGUCCGUCUGGACCUCAGGGUCCUCUAGGAUACCCAGGACCUCGAGGUGUCAAGGGUGUGGAUGGAAUUCGGGGUCUAAAGGGUCAUAAGGGUGAGAAGGGCGAGGAUGGCUUUCCUGGGUUCAAAGGUGACAUAGGCGUGAAAGGUGACAGGGGCGAGAUUGGAGUUCCUGGGUCUAGGGGAGAAGAUGGUCCUGAGGGGCCAAAGGGACGCACUGGACCCACUGGAGACCCUGGGCCCCCUGGGCUCAUGGGUGAGAAGGGCAAGCUGGGUGUUCCUGGUCUGCCUGGCUACCCUGGACGCCAAGGUCCCAAGGGGUCUCUGGGAUUUCCUGGCUUUCCUGGAGCCAGUGGAGAGAAAGGAGCCCGGGGCCUGUCAGGAAAACCAGGGCCUCGAGGAGAACGGGGUCCCACGGGUCCACGGGGUCAGCGAGGACCCCGAGGUGCCACAGGAAAGUCUGGAGCUAAGGGAACAUCUGGUGGUGAUGGACCCCAUGGGCCCCCUGGAGAAAGGGGUCUCCCUGGACCUCAGGGUCCCAAUGGAUUUCCUGGCCCCAAAGGACCCCCGGGCCCCCCUGGGAAGGAUGGACUUCCGGGACACCCAGGCCAAAGAGGAGAAGUGGGUUUCCAAGGGAAGACUGGCCCCCCUGGCCCCCCAGGAGUGGUGGGACCUCAGGGAGCAGCAGGAGAAACCGGCCCUAUGGGGGAGAGAGGUCACCCGGGCCCCCCAGGCCCCCCUGGAGAGCAGGGACUGACCGGGCCAGCUGGAAAAGAAGGAACAAAGGGUGACCCUGGUCCCUCUGGGGCCCCAGGAAAGGAUGGGCCUGCUGGUCUGAGGGGCUUCCCCGGGGAGAGAGGCCUGCCAGGCACUGCUGGUGGACCUGGUUUGAAGGGGAAUGAAGGUCCAGCUGGCCCUCCAGGCCCCGCAGGCUCCCCUGGGGAGCGAGGUACAGCGGGAUCCGGGGGACCCAUUGGACCCCCAGGGCGCCCAGGCCCUCAGGGUCCUCCUGGAGCAGCUGGAGAGAAAGGUGUACCUGGUGAGAAGGGCCCCAUUGGUCCAACUGGCCGUGAUGGGGUACAGGGUCCUGUGGGACUUCCUGGUCCUGCUGGGCCCCCAGGUGUGGCCGGAGAGGAUGGAGACAAGGGUGAAGUGGGGGACCCUGGACAGAAGGGCACCAAAGGGAACAAAGGAGAACAUGGUCCUCCUGGACCCCCUGGACCCAUUGGUCCUGUGGGGCAGCCUGGAGCAGCGGGAGCAGAUGGGGAGCCCGGAGCUCGGGGGCCCCAGGGACACUUUGGAGCCAAAGGUGAUGAAGGAACAAGAGGAUUCAAUGGGCCUCCAGGACCCAUUGGCCUACAGGGUUUGCCGGGCCCCUCUGGGGAAAAGGGAGAAACAGGAGAUGUGGGUCCUAUGGGACCACCUGGCCCCCCAGGACCUCGAGGCCCAGCUGGACCCAAUGGUGCUGAUGGCCCACAAGGUCCCCCAGGAGGUGUUGGGAACCUGGGUCCCCCUGGAGAGAAGGGGGAGCCAGGAGAGUCAGGAUCUCCAGGGGUCCAGGGCGAGCCAGGUGUCAAAGGUCCUCGUGGGGAGCGUGGGGAGAAAGGAGAGUCGGGACAGCCAGGAGAGGCGGGACCACCAGGGCCUAAAGGCCCCACGGGUGAUGAUGGCCCUAAAGGGAAUCCUGGUCCUGUCGGUUUUCCUGGUGACCCUGGACCCCCUGGAGAAAGUGGCCCUCGGGGUCAGGAUGGUGCUAAGGGUGAUCGUGGAGAGGAUGGUGAGCCAGGACAGCCUGGAUCCCCUGGUCCUACUGGGGAGAAUGGACCCCCUGGGCCACUUGGAAAGCGGGGUCCUGCUGGUGCACCAGGUCCAGAGGGGCGACAGGGAGAGAAAGGAGUGAAGGGGGACCCUGGUGCUGUGGGUGCCCCGGGGAAGACAGGCCCUGUGGGUCCUGCAGGCCCAGCGGGGAAACCUGGCCCUGAUGGUCUGAGGGGCCUUCCAGGCUCAGUGGGUCAGCAAGGCCGUCCUGGAGCCACAGGCCAGGCUGGACCCCCAGGUCCUAUGGGACCCCCAGGGCUUCUUGGUCUCCGGGGCGAUGCUGGAGCCAAGGGAGAGAAGGGUCACCCAGGUCUCAUAGGACUGAUUGGACCUCCAGGGGAGCAGGGAGAGAAGGGAGAUCGGGGACUUCCUGGCCCUCAGGGUUCCCCUGGGCAGAAGGGGGAGACGGGUAUCCCUGGGGCAUCAGGCCCCAUUGGCCCUGGAGGGGCCCCCGGCCUCCCUGGACCAGCUGGCCCCAAAGGAGCCAAAGGAGCCACAGGCCCAGCUGGACCCAAGGGAGAGAAGGGAGUCCAGGGUCCUCCAGGACACCCGGGCCCGCCAGGUGAGGUGAUCCAGCCACUGCCCAUCCAGAUGCCUAAGAAGACGCGACGCUCUGUGGAUGGAAGUCGCCUGAUGCAGGAAGAUGAGGCCGUGCCAACCAGGGGGGGCCCAGGCAGUCCUGGAGGUCUGGAGGAGAUCUUUGGCUCACUGGACUCCCUUCGGGAGGAGAUUGAACAAAUGAGGCGGCCAAUAGGAACCCAGGACAGCCCUGCUCGCACCUGCCAGGACCUGAAGCUAUGCCACCCGGAGCUGCCUGAUGGAGAGUACUGGGUUGAUCCCAACCAGGGCUGUGCUCGGGAUGCCUUCCGGGUAUUCUGCAACUUCACCGCAGGAGGAGAAACCUGUGUAACUCCUAGGGAUGACAUCACACAGUUCUCUUACGUGGAUUCAGAGGGCUCCCCAGUGGGUGUGGUCCAGCUCACUUUCCUGCGGCUGCUGAGUGUCUCAGCACACCAGGAUGUGUCCUACCCAUGCUCUGGAGCAGCUCGUGAUGGUCCCCUGAGACUCCGGGGAGCCAAUGAGGAUGAGCUGAGCCCAGAAACCAGCCCCUAUGUCAAGGAGUUCAGAGAUGGCUGCCAGACACAGCAAGGCCGAACGGUGCUGGAGGUGCGGACACCUGUGCUGGAACAGCUGCCAGUGCUGGAUGCCUCCUUCUCAGACCUGGGGGUCCCCCCACGACGGGGAGGAGUGCUGCUUGGGCCUGUCUGCUUCAUGGGCUAGGACUGUCUCUGUCUGAUCCUGUCCAUCGGAAGCAGGCCCACCUGGAAUCCUCCAGCAUCCAUCUCUGCCACCUCCCAAGAGGCCUCCUCACCAUCUAGGGGACAAUGGGCCUGGGUGACAAGAGCCCCCAGUCAGGGGCAGGCCAGGGAAUGGGUGAAGUGGGUGCCAGGACACCCCAGGGGAGGGGUGGCAUCUGGGGCUUUUGGGCCUCCAACCUGGAGCCUGUGACCUGUUAGAGACCGGAGACCCUUAUUUAAAACUCACCUCCCAAUCACCCCAAACAAGUGGAAGAGAAGAGAAAGGACACUGUGUAUUUUGUAUUUAAAAGUAAUUAUAUUAAUUAUUUAAAGAGUGGAAAACAAAAUGACAAAGAAAGAUAAAGAGAAAUGUCAAUAAAAAUCAGCAGAAGUUGGAGACAGAGGUCUCCCGGGGUGGGCCUGGGCACCCCAGCCUUGCCUCAGGGCUUUCCUCAGUGACUAUAUGUGGGGGAUCCCAGGCUAAACCCCACCUCCCUCACAGGCCACCUGUAGCACCCACUGUGAACGUCAGAACAUAUGGUCUCCUUUGCCUCAGGGCUCUGACUCUUUCUGCCCAGGGAGGGGCUUUCUCACCUCUACUUACCAGGUGUUGGCUCCCUGGCCCACAUAACUGCUGUCAUCUUUCACUUGGUCUGGGUCUGGCAGGCGCUGUCUGCUAUUUGAGGACCAGGCCUCUCCCCCAGGGAAGAAAUGGAACAGUGUGGAGUGUGUGCAGGACUUGUAUCCAGCAGAUUGUUGAAAUAUUAAAAUUCUUCCAUAUUGGCUGAUAAAUCACUAUGGGCCUGAGUCCCCCGAGUAUCUAUCUCAUUGCCAUCCUGGCCACUCCAGUCCCUCUCCUUUGUGCCCUCACCUUCCUUGAUCCUGCAAUUAAAGGAUUAAUUUCUGGCAUUUGGAUGGAAGGGACUCCCAGGAUCCUAUGCCCAGUGUCCAUUCUGACCGAUGUUUAAAUAAUGCGGUGUCUCUGCCCUGGGCAUAUGUGUUGGUGCUUGUGUUGUUAUUUCAAUGCUCUUACCCUCAUCCAGUGCUCCAUUUUCCCAGCUGAGCUGUUAACCAGAAAUGGAUGGUUUAAUCCCAAUGCCCUGGAGGACUUGUUCAGGUGGGGUGUCAGGGCCCAGAAUUUAUAAAGCCUGAGUGACAAAGUACAGAAAAGAAAGCAGAGGCAGAUGCCCCA